AUGUUAACUGCUCAGCUGGCACCUCUGGGGUCUUUUUUUGUCACGAUAACGGUCCGGGAGAAGUCACGUUUUUGUCGCUCUGAUGGGUCAGAUACAGAAACCAGCCAAAGUUCUCAAUACAGUUUUGAAUCACUACCCCAGAAGAUUUGUCUUAUCUGCGGUGAUGAGGCUUCUGGUUGCCACUAUGGAGUACUUACCUGUGGAAGUUGUAAAGUCUUCUUUAAAAGGGCAAUGGAAGGGCAGCACAACUAUUUAUGUGCUGGAAGAAAUGAUUGCAUAGUCGAUAAAAUCCGUAGGAAGAACUGUCCAGCGUGUCGCUUGAGGAAGUGCUGUCAAGCUGGUAUGGUCCUGGGAGGUCGAAAAUUCAAGAAGUGUAACAAAAUUAAGGUUGUGAGAACAUUAGAUGUCGCGCUCCAGCAGCCAGCAACCCUUCAAGAUGAAAGCCAAUCUCUAACCCAAAGGCUGGCCUUUUCUCCAAAUCAAGAAAUACAGUUCGUUCCCCCCAUGAUAAGUGUUUUACGAGGCAUUGAGCCAGAAGUUGUCUAUGCUGGUUAUGACAACACAAAACCUGAAACGCCAAGUUCCUUGCUGACCAGUCUGAAUCAUCUUUGUGAGAGGCAACUUCUUUGUGUAGUCAAAUGGUCUAAAUUGCUACCAGGAUUUCGGAAUUUACAUAUUGAUGAUCAGAUAACCCUCAUCCAGUAUUCCUGGAUGAGUCUAAUGGUUUUUGCAAUGGGAUGGAGAUCAUACAAACACGUCAGUGGUCAGAUGUUGUAUUUUGCACCAGAUUUGAUUCUAAAUGA